AAGACGGUGGCGAUUGGUUGUUGCUGUUCACGUCGGAGCCGUAAAUAAAUCUCUCUAAAAACAGAUAAGUUGCUCGAUAUUGUUCUUCGUCCCAUACUCCAACUUAUCUCCUCUGUCUUCUCUCAAGCAUGGAUUCAGUUCACAAGUUGCUUAAUAUUGUGCUUCCUCUUAUAUCACUCUUUUUGCUCUUCUUCUUCCUACCGGCUAUUUUGCUCUUCAAGAUUUUCAAUUCUAUAUCAAGGUCCGUAUUCAGCGAAAACGUCUCCAGUAAAAUUGUACUCAUCACCGGUGCAUCUUCAGGCAUUGGCGAGCAUCUUGCCUAUGAGUAUGCAAAAGGGGGUGCUUGUUUGGUAUUGGUGGCAAGGAGAGAAAAGCAACUUCAAGAAGUGGCUUGUAAGGCACGACGGCUCGGGUCACCUGAUGUGAUUGUUGAAACCGGUGAUGUUUCAAAGGUGGAAGACUGUAAGCGAUUUGUUGAUGCUGCGCUAAACCACUUUGGUAAAUUGAAUCACGUAGUGAACAAUGCCGGGAUUGCUCCGCUUUGUCUGUUUGAAGACGCCGAUAAUGUCGAAGAUUUCACUCCAAUUAUGAACACAAACUUCUGGGGUUCUGUUUAUUGCACCCGUUUCGCAAUUCCGCACCUAAGAAAGAGCAGAGGGAAGAUCAUUGUGAUUGCUUCAAUAGCUCAAUGGUCUCCAAUACCAAGACUUAGCAUCUAUUCUGGAAGCAAGGGAGCCCUAGUCAGCUUUUACGAGACGCUACGAGUUGAAGUUGGUUCGGAUAUAGGGAUCACGAUUGUCGGUCCCGGAGUUGUAGACUCGGAAAUUACUAGAGGUGAUUUCAUGUCAAAGGCUGGAAUGGAUGGUUUUCCAGUGGAGUCAACAGAGGGGUGUACCAAAGCAAUUUUCAAGAGCAUUUGCAGGGGAGACAGGUACUUGUUUGAGCCAGCUUGGGAGAGGACGAUAUAUUUCUGGAAUUUGCUUUGUCCAGAGGUUAUAGAAAGCUUCUCCCGGUGGCGUUUACUUGGUAGGCCAAACAACUCUAAAUCUAACCGCAAUUCUGGAGCGUUCAAGUCUGACUAAGGAAAAGAUCAUCAAGCAGAUCGACUGUUUGUAUUCCUUAUCUUAAGAGGACAACUAUUGGUAAAUAAUCCUCUUUUGUGCCUUGGUGUUGUAAACAUUUAUUUGUGCAUCAUGUAUCCCUUAUUGUAUGUGUGGUGGAGUGAAAGUGUACAAUAAAAGGAACACUGCUUUUGGUGUGACGUUUAAAAAGUAUUGAAGCCUAGCUGUUUCGAGCCA